CUUGCAAUACUCUCCCACUCUGAGGAAAGCCUGAAGGGUGCCAAUUUAUCCUUAGCAACAGGCCAGCACUGUUGCUAAGUGUUUGUGACAUAGGAAAAGAGAGCAACAUCUACAAUGGCCAAGUCCAUCAAGAGAAGAUCCCAGUCCAUCAGAAAACAACUAAACCCAAUGUCUAGAAAGCAGUCGAAUUGCUCUAGCAUCAAUUUUGGCCAUAGAAAUUACUCACUCUACAUAAACAGGGUCUUGAAGGAGGUCGUCCCCAAGAGAGGCAUAUCAUCUCCUACUGUGGACGUCGUCAACAUCCUGAUCAACGACAUCUCUGAACGCAUCGCUACAGAAGCCUGCCAGAUGAUGUACAACAGGAAACGCUGUACCCUCACCCCAGGAGAUAUCCAGCAGGCCGUGCAGCUGCUGCUGCCUAAGAAGCUGGCGAAGUUUGCCGUGACUUUUGGAACAGAAGCAGUCCACAGAUUCGUCCACUCCUGAGCUCCAUGUACAAGCCUAAUAGAAACUUCGGGAAAAUAAAUCAAACUGACCAUCUCCUGUGUUAUGUGCACUCUCCUUUUUUAUUUUGUUUUGUUUCAC